AACUUGCUAAAAGUUGACGACAGAUGGCGCACUUCUUAUUAAUGAAAAGCGCUUGAUUGAGGAGAGGAGGAAAUUUGAAGGAUCGAUUGUGUCCGGCAAGAGUCACGAUGGCCGACAAGUUUCUACAAAUUCAGCAGCAGAUGCGUCACGACAACGAGGACCUUCAGGCCUACCUGCGCGACCUCAAGAAUUGGGAGACAGACAUCAAGCAGAAAGAUGAGGAGCUGCGACAAACAAGAGACACUCAAGAGGCAGUCCUCCCACCGAUCCGAAACCAAGGAAAAAGGAAGCCCAAGGAAGCUAGAAAGAAAAAGUUGAAGCCCACAAUGAAACAGUCGCCAUCCGCAGAUGGAGACCAGAAUGGAAGCGGCUCAGGGCACUCACGGAUCCGAGCCUAUGAUUACAGGUCCUGGGACAAGUUUGACGUGGACAAAGCUUGCGCUGACCUGGAUAGCGAUGAAGAUGACAUGGCCCCAGUUGCUCAGGAUGAGAAUGGAAAGGACAUGGAUAUGGAGACAGAGACGGACAGCGAGGAAGAACGAGAGUUGGAGAGACAGCGCAGGAUCCAGCAAGCCAGCAUGGAGAAGGAAAAGGGCAAUGCAUUGUUCAAACAAGGCAAAUUUGAGGCUGCCGUCGUGUGCUAUACAGCAGGCAUGGAAGCAGAUCCCACCAACGCCAUACUGCCAGCCAACAGGGCAAUGGCAUGCUUAAAGUUGAGAAGGUUUGAGGAUGCCGAGAGGGACUGUGACAAGUCUAUUUCCCUGGACUGCACUUACGUCAAGGCAUACGCAAGAAGGGCGGGUGCGAGAUUUGGACUGGGGAAACUAGAAGCAGCCAGGAAAGAUUACCAGCAGGUGCUGAACCUGGAGCCCAGCAACAAGCAGGCCGCCUCAGAGAUUAAUAGAAUAGACAAGACACUGAAGAACAGGGAAGAGACGGAGAGGCAAAAACGAGAAGGGGUGUACAACGUCAUACAGGCGGUAGAGAAGCCCGUCCACUUAAGGUCAAAGGUGAGCGAUGACAAGGUUGUUGUCAGCUUGAUUUGCCUGACGGGACUUCAGAUGAACUGA